AUGCUGUUUAAAAGGACGUGGGAUGAAUCAUGCCCGUGCGUGUGGGACCGCUGGGAAUCUGACGGGACCAGCUGGAUCAUACAGGAUCUGCCGCCUGAAGAUGAGAAGGAUGCACUGGAUAUACUGCUGAAAGACCAAUGCCCGGAAGAAACUCUGUUGACAUUAAAUAAUAUAGCUAACGAUCCUGAAAGUUUAGAAUCGAUGUGCAAUGGAUGGCAGUACUUCUUCAAACAACGUCUCACUCUCGCCUGCUAUGCCGUAUCUGGUGACAAAAGGACACUAGUUGGUCUCAAUAUAUGCGCAGUAAAACUUAAGGGAGAAAAUCUUGAUAUCGAGAUACGAGGGGAGAACUUUAAAAAUCUGGUCAAGACAUCAGUCUAUAUGGAGUCGAAAGCCAAUUGCUUAGAAUACUUGGGUCUGGACAAGGCUCUCAUUGCUGUAGGACUGGUUGUCAAGAAGGAGUACCGAGGAUCACGAAUUGGAGGCAGACUUUUAUCAGCGAGAGAACCUUUAUGUCAAUUUCUUGGCGUAAAAGGUACUAUAUCGACGUUCACUGGGAUAGCGUCACAGAAGUUGGCCGAGCGAUGUGGCUUCACAACAAUAUGCGAGAUCACCAUCAAGCAAUUGAGCGAAGCAGGGUUGAAUUACCCCAAAGAUGAUAAUAGAACAUUAAAAAUUAUGGUCAAGAAAUAUGAAUAA